GCCGAGUCAAUCGUAAAGGUACUCUUCGCUGCGAAACUAGAUAUAGCUGAGUAGUCUCAGGAUAUAGUAUACCCACGUUCAACAUAGAGGUAAUAUUCCAAAAUGACAAGAAUUUUGCUCUGUGUGGCCGUCAUUAUACUGGGUACCGUGCAAGGAGCUCAAGAUACUUGCAACCGGAGAUCAGUUUGUCCUUUGAAUUUCAUCUACAACCCCGACCUGGGUUCCUGCUAUAACUUCGUUACAUCCGAUAAGAUCACGUGGUACGAUGCUCUCUCAGUUUGUUCAAUGAUGGAUGCAAAUCUUGCCGCUAUAGAAACGCAAGCAGAGCUCGAUUAUCUGAGGAGAGAGAUUAAAGGAAGAGGUUUUGUUGGAAAUAGUCACCCCGUAGACGGAGAUACAUUUUUUGUCGGUGGUAUACUGUUUAACGGCGGCUGGCAGUGGAUAGGUGGUCCAUCAUGGAAGACAAAGCCAAUCUCGUUUGCCCCGUGGAGACCUAAUCAGCCGAAUGCUCUUAAUGUUCAGAAGUGUGUUAUACUCUAUGGUGGCGACGACUUUCUUUUUCAUAAUUGGAAUUGCGACUAUAAGUUGUACUACAUUUGUGAAAUGAAAGUCCAAUAGAACUGCGUAGCGUUUCCUGUCCGGACAGGUUAAGAACUUUAAAUGAUUUUCAAAAUUAAGUAAAUGCCAUUUGAAACUGCUCUUAUUUGUGAAAUCAAAAUUGAAUAAAAAUAUUCACACAGGCUAA